GAAACAGAAAUGAGACCUAGCACCGAACCAACACAUGACUUCAUCCAUAGAAUGAUGAGUGUAUCUUUAAAUGAUGAAGAAGAUCUGGCUUCAUUUUCUAGUUUUGAUGAUGAGAGUUCCACAGAUCCAAGUGCCACGGUUACAGAAGAAAGUCUUGAAUGUCCAUGUCUGGAGAAUUUGAGCAGUCUUGAGUUUCUCACCCUCUAUCAAUGCAGAAGUGACCGGACCAGCCAAUAUUCCUCAAACGAUGGCACUUCAGACUUUGAAAAGCCCCAUACUUCCUCUAGAUGGGUCUGAAAUGAUGAGGAAGAUAUCAUCAACUUCCUCCCAAGUGUUUUCAAGAAUCUAACACCAGUGUUCCGAAACCUUCCUCACCCUCACCCCCUCACCAAAACAGAAACUGAGACUGUAAUACCCAAUAACAGUAAGCAUGUUGACCUUCCUCAAAAAAUAAACGGUUGUUAAAGCUGA